AUGCAUAACUCAAGCAGCCGAAUGGAGAUCUACAACAUCAGCCUGCUAGGAGGGCAGGUUCGAGUCAGCACCUUGAUUGCCUCCAAGUGCUACUACGGCAACAACGACAAUCGCAACACAGAUGGAUGGGCCACGGCGAAUACUGCUCGCUUUUUCACAAUAUCCAGCAAGGCCAACAAGUUAACAGCCAUUGGAUGCUCCACUCUUGCAUACUUGAAAGGCUACAACAAGCACAGCGUUAGAACUGGGUGCUUAUCUAUGUGCCUGGACAAGGAGAGCGUGGAUCAGAGCAGCAUGUGCUCUGGCAUGGGCUGUUGCCAGACAUCCAUUGCACCAAACCUCACUUACCUCAACAUAACCUUCGAUACAAGGUACGACAAUUCUGAGGUAAGUGGAUUCGAUCCGUGCAGUUAUGCCUUUGUCGCCGAGCAGGAUUGGUUCAAGUUUAAUGCUUCCUACCUGGAGGAUAACAAGUUCACAGAGAAAUUCAAGGAUGGGGUUCCUUCUGUGUUUGACUGGGUUGCUGGAAUUCAGUCCUGUGAUGAAGCGCCUAAGAAUAGAUCAUCAUAUGCCUGCAUUAGCAAGAACAGCCACUGUGUCAACUCAGCAAAUGCUACAGGGUACCUCUGUAAUUGCAACGAUGGCUUCGAAGGGAACCCCUACCUCGAAGAUGGGUGCCAAGAUAUCAACGAAUGCCAAUAUCCAGAUAAAUAUCAGUGCUUUGGAAAUUGCAGUAACACAAUUGGGGGUUACGACUGUUCCUGCGCAGCUGGGACUCAUAGCAUAAAUCCAAAGAAAUCAACUUGCACUCCGGAUGCAGCUUUAGACCCCUCAAACGAAAAAGAUACAGCUUCAGAGAAGGCUAAAUUAACAAAAAUGUUUAUAGGUAUUUCGUCAUGUGCUAUAAUUCUGCUUAUCUGCUUUUUUGCACUGCUGAUUGAAUGUCAGAAGAAAAGGCUCAUGAGAGAAAAGGAAAAAUUCUUUCAAGAAAAUGGGGGUCUGCUGUUAUAUGAGCAAAUCAGGUCAAAGCAAAUUGAUACAGUGAGAAUAUUCACAACAGAAGAACUCAAGCAAGCAACAAACAAUUUUGACUCAAGCAGAGAAGUAGGGAGAGGCAGCUAUGGUACUGUUUACAAAGGAAUUCUGAAGGACAACAGGAUAGUAGCCAUAAAACGCUCGAAGAUUAUGAACAUGGUUCAGAAAGAUGAUUUUGUGCAAGAGAUGGUUAUACUUUCACAGAUCAACCAUAUAAAUGUAGUCAGGCUUCUCGGUUGUUGCUUAGAAGUUGAGGUUCCCAUGUUAGUAUAUGAAUUCAUGCCAAACGGCACUCUGUUCGAUUUGAUACAUGUCACAUACAGAAGAUCAUCCAUUUCAUUGGAUUCUCGUCUCAGGAUUGCCCAGGAAUCUGCAGAAGCACUAGCAUAUCUGCACUCAUCAGCAUCCCCUCCCAUAGUUCAUGGAGACGUAAAAUCUCCAAACAUUCUCCUAGGUGACAAUAACAUAGCAAAAGUUACUGAUUUUGGAGCAUCAAGAAUGCUCCCAAAGGAUGAAAUACAAUUUAUGACAAUGGUACAGGGAACUCUUGGUUAUCUAGACCCUGAAUACUUACAAGAGCGUCAACUAACAGAGAAGAGUGAUGUUUAUAGUUUUGGAGUUGUGCUUCUAGAGCUAAUUACAAGGAAGACAGCGAUUUAUUCUGAAGGUACUGAAGAAAAGAAAAGCCUGGCAUCAUCCUUCCUUCUGGCAUUGAAAGAGAGCAGACUUGAAUCUAUCUUGGACAGAAAUAUAUUGGGUGUCCGAAUCGAGCUGCUACAAGAAGUCGCUCAAAUUGCAAAGAGUUGCUUGAGUAUGAGAGGGGAAGAACGGCCAUUAAUGUCAGAAGUGGCUGAAAGGUUGAGAUUUAUACGGAGAACCUGGCGAGAACAGUUGACUGAGCAUGCUAGUGAAGAAACUGAAUGCUUGCUUGAAAACCCAUCGAACUACGACCCUUCUAGUACUGGACGGCAUGGAAGUUUGAUGGGACUAGAUUUAGAAAUUGGUAGAUGA